AUGCUCACCAAUCAUCACCCUACCAUCCCUACUCCAAGCCUUAUCCAACCACAGUCACUCUUUCAUCAGUUUUCAGCAUCACCUCCUCCCCCCUCCGCACAGAUAAGCGAUUUUCCCACGCGUUCUUCGACCGGAUCUCUCGCAAAUUCAGAUUCGGAUUCCCCUCGUUCAGGCCGUCAUUUUGAGCCCUGGGUCAUCCCAUUUGGAGCAGAAGUGGUGGAGAUAUCGGGUUUUUCCUCUUUUGGUCGUCCAGCAUCCCUCUGUGGCUCUGCCCAUCGCCCUAAUCCGCUUCCUGAGAUGACCAGCCAGUCCCUCCCUACUGCCUACCCCUUCCUCCUACCCCCUCAUCGCCCUAUACGCGUUUUUCCUAUUUCCCCAGCCCAUUUCGCAUCGGAACCCCAUCGACCCCAGACCCAUUUUGAAGCUCUCGUCAACGCCGACACAUUCACCGCAUCAGUUUCCCAAUUGGUCCACGUCUCCCCUCGCUAUUCGCACUUCUCGCAAUUUCCGCCCUUUUUCGCUAUUUCCCCCAUAACUUUCCCAAUUCUUCGCCAAUCUCCGUCAACCCCGUAUCCAUUUUGA